UUAGUACAAUCUGAUAAAAUGCGGCAGUUUAUAGUUCACAUCAUAUUUGGCAUCAUCAUGCAAUAUAACACCUCUGCAGAAGAGUUUGGCUUUUGCGAGGUAGUCUCUACCUGUCUUGCAGCUCAAAAAACAAUUGUUGUAGAGUCAAAGGAUUCUCUGAACAACCAAGACAACUCUGUAUUUGUAGAUUACGAACUUAUUAACGCUAAAAUCUAUGAACAAAUUACAGAAGCUGAAAAGCGAUUGGAUGUAAAACUAUCCCAACUAGAAGCUAAACUUACUCAGUUGAAAGAUGAAAGCCUCCCUAGGAGCUGUCGGGAUAUUCAAACUUCAAAUUUAGAAUCUUCCAACGAAAAUGUUUAUAACAUUUCUCUUGCGGCAUUGCCUCGAAGCACUGAUGUCUCUUGUGAUCAAACCACAGACGCAGGCGGGUGGAUUGUUUUCCAACGAAGAGUAGAUGGCUCAGAAGAUUUUUAUCGGAAUUGGGAUGAUUACGUUGAAGGUUUUGGCAACAAAGACAAAGAAUUUUGGCUUGGUUUAGAAAAUAUCCAUAACAUUGUGAAACGCGGAACUCAUGAGCUCAGAAUCGACAUGGAAGACUGGGAAGGCAACAAAGCAUAUGCAAAAUAUGGCUCUUUUUACGUCGGAGAUUUAUCAAGCAACUAUCGUUUAACUCUCGGGGAAUAUAGUGGAAACGCAGGUGAUGCACUUGGUAAUGUGCAGCAUCGAAAUAUGCCUUUCACGACCAAAGAUGCUGAUCAUGACACACACAAUUGGGGAAACUGCGCCCAACUGUUUCAUGGAGCAUUUUGGUACGGAACCUGUCACAGCACAAACUUGAACGGACUUUACAUUCAUGGUGGAAACAAUACACGACGUGGUGUUGGUGUAACUUGGUAUCAAUGGAGAGGCAAUUUUUACUCUUUGAAGUUUGCUGAAAUGAAAAUGAGAGAGAAGAUCUAACACAGAAUCGUACAAUAAACACGAAUUUAACUGAAAUUUUUUUCAAGUUUAGUUUUGAAAUAUUUCAUAUCAACUAAUCUUGAAUCUGAUUUAGAAAUAUCAAUUUACCCAAUAUGUAACAUCAAGUAAUUAUUAUUCAUUCGAUUUUGAUUUUCAAAUGUAAAUAUAAAUUCAAUAUACCAUAAAAUAAAAUUUUUUUUUGGGCAUAAAAACAGUACAGAGUGAGGUGUCGAAUUAGUAUUAAGAAAACCAUACUUCGUGCUGUCUUUGACUGUAAGGUAAAAAGACUCGAAUCUUUAUUGUUCGAACCACUCUAGCACCAAAACGCACAUUCACUGGGCAACAAUCUACCAUCUGAAACAAGAUACCAUUCUAUAUUCCUAUGGGAUUCAAAUUAUAUUUGUAUGCAUGAAUAUUUAUACCGUAUUUAAAUAUAUUUUAGCAACUUCCGGGGUAUUUUUCGUGUAAAUGAAUGCCGAGUUUUAUAUUAAUAGGGUUUUCCUUUUGACGGGAGUAACUCUAUGUAGUCAUUCCAUACGAAGCUAAUGAGGAAUAUUUAAUUGAAUACAUGCCCACAACAAAGGGGUACACAUACAUGGACUCCAUUCAGGAACCUUAUAAAAACGAAAUACUCUAAUUUUGCUAGCAUUUCUUAUAUUUUUAUGCGAAAGUGGAAAAAUCUUCGAUUACGACCUGCGUAAACAAGCAUCAAUAAUUCAAAACUAAGUUGGUUAUCAAACUCAAAAAUCGAGAAUCACAAACAGUUGAAGAACCUUGUGUUAAUUAUAGAACAAGAGAAUUAACCUUUUCUGAGAUAAGAGAUUUUAAAAAUUUCUUGGCUUUUCAAGAGUGAGUGAGCCUUAUGGACAAAAAUACUGGUAAAAGAUACCAAACCGCGUGGGCCAGAAAAUUGGUAUAUCCUUUUGUAUGUCGAAAUAAUUGGGUAAUCAGACGAUUUGGUCUGAUUUAAAAAAUUGUAUAUUUAUCUGUGAAGUUUCGUAAAUAAAAUUCUUAAAACGUA